AAUGCCUUGGCAUUUUGCGCGAUCCGUGACUGGGGUCACACUAUUGCCGCCAAAAAAAAACAUUUCUUGCUCGCCUCGCUAUUUAAACAUUUAAAGCAGCAUUAUCGAAUAGUUUAUUGAAGUCGGGGCCUAAUUGGGGUACAUUUAAGCGUGUAAACGUGCCGCGCGUUCGCAAUGAGCAGUGAUAAAGUAAAAAACGGCAACGAGCCCGACGAGUCGGAGGAAUCAUGUGGCGAUGAGUCGGCCAGCUACACCACCAACAGCACCACCUCGCGCAGCAAGUCCCCGUCGUCCAGCACGCGGAGCAAGCGCCGCGGCCGCCGGAGCACCAAAUCGAAGCCAAAGAGCCGCGCCGCCUACAAAUACGACACACACGUGAAAGAGAACCACGGAGCCAACAUCUUCGGCGUCGCCUUCAACACGCUGCUGGGCAAGGAUGAGCCCCAGGUCUUUGCCACGGCGGGCAGCAACCGGGUGACCGUCUACGAGUGCCCGCGACAGGGCGGGAUGCAGCUGCUCCACUGCUACGCAGAUCCGGAUCCCGAUGAGGUAUUUUACACCUGCGCCUGGUCGUACGACCUAAAGACCUCCUCGCCGCUCUUGGCCGCGGCUGGAUACCGCGGAGUCAUCAGGGUCAUUGACGUCGAGCAGAACGAGGCGGUGGGCAACUACAUCGGCCAUGGACAGGCCAUUAACGAGCUGAAGUUCCAUCCGCACAAGCUGCAGCUUUUGCUGUCGGGCAGCAAGGAUCACGCGAUUAGAUUGUGGAACAUCCAGAGUCACGUGUGCAUUGCCAUCUUGGGCGGAGUGGAGGGACAUCGCGACGAGGUGCUAUCCAUAGACUUCAAUAUGCGUGGAGAUCGCAUUGUGUCGAGCGGCAUGGAUCACUCGCUGAAACUGUGGUGUCUGAAUACGCCCGAAUUCCAUCACAAGAUCGAGCUGUCGAAUACUUUCAGCCAGGAGAAGUCCACCCUGCCUUUCCCCACGGUGACCAAGCAUUUCCCCGACUUUUCCACGCGGGAUAUACACAGGAACUACGUGGACUGUGUGCAGUGGUUUGGCAACUUUGUGCUCUCCAAGUCCUGCGAAAAUGCCAUUGUCUGCUGGAAGCCGGGACAACUGCAUCAGAGCUUCGAGCAGGUGAAGCCGAGCGACUCCUCCUGCACGAUUAUCGCGGAAUUCGAGUACGACGAAUGCGAGAUCUGGUUCGUGAGGUUCGGCUUCAACCCGUGGCAGAAGGUGAUCGCCCUGGGCAACCAGCAGGGCAAGGUGUAUGUGUGGGAGCUGGAUCCCAGCGAUCCGGAGGGCGCCCACAUGACCACCCUGCACAACUCGCGCAGCGUGGCCACGGUGCGGCAGAUCGCCUUCUCCCGGGAUGCCAGCGUGCUGGUCUACGUGUGCGAUGACGCCACCGUGUGGCGAUGGAACCGCAGGCAAACGACUUCCAUCUGAUGGCGCAUCCGGGCGCAACCACAAACCAAAACUCACGUGGCCAAAACUUACAACAUUUCCCUCAUUUAGUUCCUAGUUGGUUAGCCUUAAGAUAGCAUUACAGUGCUUACUGCCUCAAAUUAUAUCUAAUAAAUCCAAUUAAUAAUUGGGCGAGGUUUCAAGAUGUAAUAAUGAA